UCCUUUGCAUCUCAACCAUAACCACUUAAUUGUUGAAUUGAAAAAAACUUCAAAGGAAUUAAAAUUAACAAUAGUAACUCUGUAAUUGAUGAGAUGUAACGUAAAUCAAUUGACAAUCAACAAGUUGAUUUAAAUAAAUUACAAUUUGAUUUCAUUAACAAUCAAACUCCUUUCCAGUGCUUUAAUUGUUAUCUAAUUUUAGAGAAAAAUGAUCAAACAAUUAACAACAAUUAGUUUGAUACUUUUCGUCUCAUUCAUCAUCUUAAUCAGUGUUGAUGUAACAAUAUCAUCUCCAGUUUACAAUUACAAUGUAACAAUUAAAACCUCAGGAUCACCAAAAUUUGAAUCUCAUCAAGGUAAAUUGAAGAUGAACAUCUUAUAUCAAAGUGAAUCAGGAACAUCACAAGAAGAUUUUGUUUUAACUCCAGUGGAUGUUAAAAUUGAACCAAAUCGUGAAUAUCAAUCAACAAUCGCCUCUUUCUCACCAAUGGCCAAUAUAACGUCCAUUUAUUUACGAUGGACUUUGGCUUCGCCUUAUAAUCCAAUCUACAAGAUUAAAAAGCCAGUCGUUUAUUUUGACUCGAUUACUUUGACUCAUAUUAAUUCAGAUUCAGCAAUUCAUAUGACGAUAACUCAAAGUCGCCGAUACUGUUCACCGGUUUCACCGACCGCAAUUAAACACGCUGAUGGAAACACUUUUUAUCCUUGUGUUUGAAUUUGGAUUAACUGAUUAAACUAAUUGCUAUUGGAAUGAGUAA